AUGCACGCCUCUUUCCUGCUCACGACCCUCCUCACCACCUCCGCUCUCGCUGCCAACAUCGUCCAGGUGAAUGACGAUGGAUGGGCCGAGAUCAACAUCCGCACGCUGUACGACACGCUGACGGCGGCAGGCCAGUCUGUCGUUCUGUCGGCGCCGGCGGAGAACCAAUCCGGGAAAGGAUCCCUGGAAGGAACUCCCACCAACGUCACCAAUGGCUGCGAGUUCGACAGCUGCCCGCCUGGCAGCCCUGCUGUGGGUUACAACAGUUCCAACCCCCGGCUCAACUAUGUCAACUCGUACCCGGUCACGGCCAUGAAAUACGGUGUUCAGACCCUGUCGCCCAAGUUCUUCGGUGGCAAUCCGGACAUCGUCGUGUCUGGCUUCAAUGUGGGAUCGAACCUGGGCGUUACCACCGUCUUCUCCGGCACUGUCGGUGCUGCCUCGGCGGCCAUGGACCAGCUGGGCAUUCCCGGCAUCGCCUUCUCUGGCGCCACUGGCAGCCAGACCGCGUGGAACGUGACCCCAGUGCCCGACUACGUCACGAUCUACGCGCAGCUGGCGACCAAGCUGACGACGACAUUGCUCGACUCGGGCGCCCCCUACCUGCCCAACAACACCUGGCUGAACGUCAACUUCCCCGCCGCCGGCUCCGGGACCAGCUGUACAAGCCCGGACGACUUCAAGUUUGUGCUCAGCCGUAUUUACACUGGGACGAUCAUCAGCGGCGACGACGUCGUCACCUGCAACAAUGGCGGUCGCUUGCCGUCCGAGUCGGACGUUGUCGGGACUGCAGGGUGCUAUGCGUCUGUCAGCGUGGGCAAGGCGAACGACAAGCUCGAUGCGGAUGCCGAGCAGCAGGCCGUCGUCUUGCAGAAGCUGGGCAGCCUGUUGACCUGCCUGCCUUCUUCUUGA